ACUCCCCACUCCUUUUUGUUUUUGCCUUAAUUCGAAAAAAAAGCUCAACCGCUUCCUGCGGCGUCAUUUUUCUCGUGCAAGCAUCUGCUUUGUAUUUUUCAUUAGUUUUUGAACAAAGGGAGUCCCCUAUUCUUCGAAAAUGGACGCCUUCCAGACAGUGGUGAAAUUCUUUCUUAACCAGAAGACGACCAUCGGCUACAGCUUCAUGGCUCUUCUAACCGUUGGAGGUGAGCGUAUUUUUUCCAUGGUCUCGUUCAAGUGCCCGUGCAACAAGACGCAGAAUUUCUCCUACGGACUCCUCUUCCUGCUCAGCCCGGCUUUUGUCUUGUUGGUUAUGGGCUUCUUUCUCAACUCACGGACGUGGAAACUCUUCACGGGGUGUUGUUUAAAUCCACGCAAGUUGUGUCCACCGAGGCACCGCAGCAACUGCUUGAAUGUCUUCUUGCAGAUCACGGUGACCGCCUGUGUGGCUCCGAUUAUGUGGCUCUGCGUUGCUCUCCUUAACGGGACAUUUUACGAGUGUGCGGUUAGUGGCCUGGACAACAACCACGUAGUAGAACUGUUUUGUACGGGUAAAACUGAAACAUGCAAGACGGAGCUGCCACGGGUGCCCUGUGGAAAAUCUCAGCUGAGCGCCAAAGAUAACGAGGACCUGCUCCUCAUGCUGCGGGCGCAGUCGCAGAUGCUGGGAUGUUGCAUUAUCGUUGUUACCACCAUCUUAGGAUUGAUUGGAACAUGUUAUAAGAAUUGCAGGUCUCAAGUCAGCUAUGUGCAGCUGAAGUUCUGGAGAACGUACAUCGAAAAAGAGAAGGAACUAUUUGAAGCCUGUGCUAUUGAAUAUGCAUCAAAACUUGCUAACAGAAACCUUAAAAGCUUCUUUGAAAAGAAAGACCCGGAGCCCUUUCCUUUUCCAAAUCACAACGCCUGGGAGCAAAUCUCUGCUUUGUACACUUUCAACAAAAGUGAACAGUAUUAUAGCACUUUGCAAAGGUAUGUGGAGAAGGGCACACCUGACAAAAACGAGGAGAUGGAAACUGCACUUGACUUUGUUGACAUGCCGGCAGUAUGAAAAUCACAAUUUUAAGAGUUGUAUUUGUUUUAGUGUGUUUUAUUAUGAAAAAAAUCUGAAUUGCAAACAUCAGGGACAAAUGCCCACUUUACAGGUUGCUGCUCUUAUUGAGGGAACUGCCAUAAUGCUAUUGUUUUGAUUAAGACAGAACAAUUCAGUAUUAUGAAAGGAAGGCUUCAUUGUGUUUUAAAACAUGAAAUAGUGCCCUGUGGAGCUGUAAAGUAGUGUGUGAGAGAAGGAAAGAGAGUCAGUUAGAUAAUACAGUUUUCUGAAAUGUCACCCAGGUUUAAAAACUUUUCUGGUCAAAAAGAAAUAAAUUAAUUUCAUUAAAAUUGAAUUAUUUUAUUUGACUUUUAUAAGAUAAAGUAAAAAAAUUGCACUAGGUUUUUUGAAUAAAAACUUUUACAUUUGAUGGGUGAUUUCAAAUCUUCCACAUACAUUCCAAUGUUUGUUUUUGAUUAUUUGAAUUUACAUGCUGUAUUAGUAAGUAUUUAAAAUGCAUCUUGAUACCCUGUAUGUGAGAUAUGUGGAUAAUCAGAAAUGCACUACAGCUGUAAAGUAAGUAAAAUUGCAAAACUGUUUUCUUUUUUAAUAUGUACUAAAUGUUAUGAAUCAAUAUCUUGAUUAUCUUGCCUCUGCCCCAGAUUGUAAUGUGUGCAGUGGUUCGGUAUUCAAUUGCAUACCACUGUACAUCUAGAGUAAAAAUUAGACUGAAUUUCACACACAUUUUGAUAGAGUUCUAAAAUAGUUUGUCUUGUUUUAUUUUAAUAUCAUUACUACAAAAUGUGUUCUGUAGUUAUUUUGAAGUCAUUAUUAACAAUAAGUAACAGUCAAUUUUCAAAGAUGUCUGUGGUAACUUUAAUUUAACACUCUGUAUAUGUUAAAUGAAAGGAGAAAGAGACAAGUACAUAAUUGCACUGCUUUCCCUGGUAAACAGGGUAGAAUAUGAAGAUGCACCAGAAUGGAGUGGAAACCCAAGCUGAAAGAAUUGAUUUGUUCAAAAUAUUUCUUGGUUAAACCCCAUAAUUAGUGUCAUUACAUUUAAAGUUUGAAAUGUGGCAUGAAUAUUAGAUAUGGUGAAGAUUUGUUUCAGGGUCAAGGCACCAUCAAACAUUUGCUCACAAUUGUGUGGGGCCAAUUUGCAAUUGGCAGAUAACCUAACAUGCACAUCUUUAAGAGUGUGAGAGGACUGCUAAAGACCCAGAAGAAAAUGUAAAUUCCACAAAUGUGAUUGGGUACAAUUUUCAAGCCAGGAUGCUGGAUUUGUAAGGUAGCAGUUUUAACCACUGUAGUACCAUGCUGGCAUAUAUGCUGAAGUACAUGCAACCAAAUUACAUAAGCACUUUUUCAUAUGUGAACAAAAAAGUUAUCUUGUCUGUUAGAUUUUUAGUUAAACUUUUAAAUAUGGUGCUCUUCUACUGCAUGAUAUUAUUAGAAGACUUAAAUAUGCUUACAUUAAUAGCAUGAAAUGCUUAGCAAAAGAAAAAAAAAAUGUUAUGCAGUUUUGUGUGGUAAAUUGUAAACUGCACAAAAUCAUUUGUUAAAUCUUUUUAUGUUGUAUUUACCAAUGAUGAGAAUUUUAUAUGAAUAAUACUUUAUUAAUUUUAAUAUAAAAAUGCAAGAUUGUUGAUUGCCUUUACAGUAUGCUGUGUUAAUUUUUAGAGAAAACGAUGCUUGCUAGCAUUUGUCAAUUUUCAACUGUAAAUCACACUAGUGUAUAGCAAGAAUAUUUUUGAUAUUACAACAAGCAACAUAUGAUUCAUUAAUAAUAAAUAAUUAUGUAACUUGCCUCCUUUUGUUUCCAUGAGCUCAUAAACUUAUGCAAGUGCUUCCCAGCUUUACUCAUGUAUAUUUCCCGAUUUUCAGACUGUAAAGUUUGUUUGGUCUAAAAUAAACAUUUCACCAAUA